CACAGCGGCAGCGGCGGCUGCGGCGCGCGCGAGCCGAGUGUGAGCGGAAGGGGGCCCUGCGCCUGCCUCGGGGCGGAGAGCGGAAACACCAUGAAAUAGAAACACUUCAAGCAGACUUCGGGAAGAUUUUGCCUGCAGGAAUCCAAGUGAGCAACCCAGACAAUGGAGGGGUUACUGCAUUACAUAAACCCAGCACAUGCCAUUUCUCUCCUGAGUGCCCUCAACGAAGAGCGCCUCAAAGGACAGCUCUGUGAUGUGCUUCUGAUCGUGGGAGACCAGAAGUUCCGAGCCCACAAGAAUGUCUUGGCAGCCAGCAGCGAAUACUUCCAGAGUUUAUUCAAUAGUAAGGAGAACGAGGCACAGAGUGUCUUCCAGCUGGACUUUUGUGAGCCAGAUGCUUUUGACAAUGUCUUGAACUACAUCUAUUCUUCAUCUCUGUUUGUUGAAAAGAGCAGCCUGGCGGCAGUGCAAGAACUCGGCUAUAGUCUGGGGAUUUCCUUCCUGACCAACAUCGUUUCUAAAACGCCUCAAGCCCCCUUCCUGCCGUGUCCAAGUAGGAAAAGAGUUUUCCUGGAGGAGGAUGAAAGCAGCUCCCAAAAGAGAAGCGUCAUCGUCUGUCAGAGUAGAAAUGAAGCACAAGGGAAAGCCGUGAGUCAAAAGCCCCCCGAAGUAAGCCAUAUUUCCCGGCCCGCGCCCAGCAUCGCCAGCAAGACAAGUACCAGUAAGCCGACGGACCCGCUUCACAGUCUGUCGCUAAGUGAAAGGGGUUGGCCCAGAGAUAGUUCGGGGGUGUAUGCUAAGACUCUUGGGCGCUCUGGCUCUUUGGAUGAUCCUAGCAGAAGCAAUGUGGCACAAAGAAAUGCAGUCUUGCCUUCAAAGCCUCCGCCAGACCGAGAAGCUGCAGAGGAUAAACCAGGUGGGAGUGGUCAGCUCCCCAAAGGAAAAGCCAUCAAGCUGGCUUUGAAAAAAACACGGCCACCUGUUUUGUCCCUGUGUGGCUCAUCGGAGGCUCCUUACCUCUUGAAAGAGAUGAGCCCAGGAGGGGGUCGCGGCGAGGACAGAAGCUUGCUGUACUACUCCAAAAUGGGGCUCGUGGUCCCAUCCAGGGAGCCUGGUUCUGGCAACCAGAGCAUUGACCGAAGUGGCCCUCUCGUCAAGAGUCUCCUCAGAAGGUCGCUGUCAGUGGACAGCCAGGUUCCUAUGUAUUCACCCUCCACAGAUUUGAAGUCUUCCCAGGGGUUACCUGCCCUGGGUCGUGACGCAACGGGGAAUGUGCUUUGUGCUUUAGUUCAGAAGCCCGCUUUCAAAGAGGACGGGGCGAAAGCAGCCCUGGAUGGCCGGACUCCAGUCCUAUCGCCACACCGCCUUAGGUCUUUCAGUGCUUCUCAGUCCACCGACAGGGAGGCCGCCUCACCCAUCACGGAGGUUCGCAUCAAGACGGAGCCCAGCAGCCCCCUCUCAGACCCUUCCGACAUCAUCAGAGUCACCGUGGGGGAUGCAGCAGCGUCCUCCCUGUCAGCAGUCACAAGAGACUUUUCCCUGAAAACAGAGGAUGACCCGAAGGAAAUGAGCAGGCUCCCAGCCAAGAGGAGGUUCCAGGCUGACAGAAGACUGCCGUUCAAGAAGCUAAAGGUAAAUGAGCACGGAUCUCCUGUGUCGGAAGAUAACUGUGGGGAAGGCUCGAGCCCUACUCUCCUCGAGACAGACCUUCCACAUUCUGACAUGAAUAAAGAUGCAUUUGGUGAGUUGGAGGGAACGAAACCCAACAAAAAGUUUAAAUGCAAACAUUGCCUUAAGAUCUUUAGGUCAACAGCAGGCCUUCACCGCCACGUUAACAUAUACCAUAACCCCGAAAAGCCCUAUGCUUGUGACAUCUGUCACAAGAGAUUUCACACAAACUUUAAAGUGUGGACACACUGUCAGACACAGCACGGCAUAGUGAAGAACCCGUCCCCAGCCUCUAGUUCACAUGCUGUUUUGGAUGAAAAAUUCCAAAGAAAACUGAUUGACAUAGUGAGAGAGAGGGAAAUUAAAAAGGCCCUGAUCUUUAAAUUAAGGCGUGGCAAACCUGGUUUCCAGGGGCAGACUAGUUCCCCAGCACAGCAAGUCAUGAAGAGGAACUUAAGAUCAAGAGUCAAAGGAGCAUACAUUUGCACUCACUGUGGAAAAGCCUAUCGCUUCCUCUCUCAAUUUAAGCAGCACAUAAAAAUGCACCCGGGAGAAAAGCCCAUUGGAGUACAUAGAGUCAGUAAGCCAAAAGAGCAUGUCCCUCUUGAAAGCCCAGUAGACAGCAAGGAGGUUUACCAGUGUCGCCUCUGUAAUGCUAAGCUCUCUUCUCUUCUAGAACAAGGCAACCACGAGCGAUUGUGCAGAAAUGCAACUGUUUGUCCUUACUGCAGCCUUAGGUUUUUUACGCCCGAGCUCAAGCAAGAGCACGAGAGCAAGUGUGAGUACAAGAAGAUGACCUGCCUGGAGUGCAUGCGCACCUUCAAGUCCUCCUUCAGCAUCUGGCGACACCAGGUGGAAGUCCACAACCAGAACAGCAUGGCGCCCACCGAAGACUUUACCCUGCCAGUUCUUGACCACAACGGCGACAUCACCAGCUCUAGCUCGGCGAGGCCCCAGGCUCAGUCAGAGCCAAAUAAAGUGAACCACGUGAUUCCCGCCAAAGAGGACAACAACGUCUGCAGCGACUCUUCCGAACAAAUUAACUUCGAUUCCGAAGACUCCACUUGCCUCCCCGAAGACCUCAGUCUUUCCAAGCAACUUAAAAUCCAAGUCAAAGAGGAGCCCGUGGAAGAGGCGGAGGAGGAGGUGCCCGAGAGCAGCGUAGCCCCCAAAGAAGCAGCCACCAGCAAGGAGCCCGGCCUGUGGCCCUGUGAGAAAUGUGGGAAGAUGUUUACGGUGCACAAGCAGCUGGAGCGGCACCAGGAGCUCCUGUGUUCCGUGAAACCUUUCAUCUGUCACGUUUGCAACAAAGCUUUCCGCACAAAUUUCCGGCUCUGGAGUCAUUUCCAGUCCCACAUGUCUCAGGCCACAGAGGAGCCGGUGCAUAAGGAAUCCGAAGGGUGCCCUGCGCCCACCAACUCACCCUCCCCACCACCCCUCCCGCCACCACCCCCACUACCCAAGAUCCAGCCGUUGGAACCUGACAGCCCAACUGGCCUGUCUGAAAAUCCAACUCCCGCCACGGAGAAAUUGUUUGCACCCCAGGAAUCAGACACACUUUUUUACCACGCCCCACCUCUCUCAGCAAUCACAUUUAAAAGACAGUUUAUGUGUAAACUGUGCCAUAGGACAUUCAAGACUGCAUUUAGUCUCUGGAGUCAUGAACAAACCCACAAUUGAAAGACUGACACUUUUUACCUAUUACUAGAGGGGAGGUGGUUUCCAGAUUUCAGCCUGCAUUAUGAAAUGCAACAGGAGAAGCAGCUAUUUUUGGGAAAAAAGAAUAGUAAAGGUCGGAAAUCAUGCUUGAAUUUAUAUUUGAGGCAAAUGGAUAAUAGUAACAGCCGUGUUCAGCGUUUAGGAAAACUUAACAAUAUUGUGGUUCUGGACUUUCGGUCACAGAAUGAUUUUUAUUUCAUUAAUGUUGAGAUUUGAUUCAUCUUGAUUGUUUGACAGUAACACAUCCCAUGGUGUCAGUAUAAUCUUUUAAUUGAGGUUUUGUUUAUUUUUCUGAACUGAUUUGAAAUUAGUGAAAUACUGUUAAAGUAUCUUUUUUUUUUAAAGCUUAUCCCAGACACCGAAGUUCUAGUUAAUUCUUAGCCAUGUUUUCCAGUCCAAAAUGAAUCAGGAAGAAGUGGAGUAGUUUGCAGUGUUGAUUUAGCUACUAGAAUAUCUUAGCAAUAAAAAGAAUUUUAAAAAAAGAUAAACCUCAACUUUAAUAAGUUAUCCUGACACUUACUUGAUCAAAGAUAGAUAUUUGGUAUUUUGUGGUCACGUUGGACUUUUUUGUACAAAAAUUGUGAGAAAUUUAAAUGAGCAAUAGUAAUACUUAGUAACACUUAGAUGCUUAUGAAAUAGUAAAAGCCUGAAGGUCAGAUUCUCAGACUCGGGAAAUGAAAAGAUUGCUUCCUGGAGGACCUCUGAAGUCAGUUACAGGUGCUUCAGCAGGUAUAGCCGUGGUACUGACAGUGCAGCUGUCCCACAGUUUAGACACAGGGUAGCACGUGAGUGACUGUCAGGGUUUGGCUUUUCUCUGGUGUGUGCUGUUCAGGAACUGAAAAUCGGUGGGCUCGGGACAAAGACACGAGGUCCUCGGUGGCACUAAAUUUGGGCUUACCUUCAUUGAACAAAUACAGAACAUAUAUUGACAUAGGUCCCUAAUUCUGAAGCCGUGCAGCACCUCUGAAAUUUCUAAAUCCCUGCUUCCUUAGAGACCCAUCAAAGCAGAGAGAAAUGCUAUCCAAGUUUUCUACGUGCUUUCUGAGAACAAUCUAGACGACACACUCACUUUCCUGCCUCCGUCUUCCAUGGUGGUUCUCUCUCGUGAUAGUCCAUACGGUGGUUAAAACGCCAGUGGCAAAAUCAUUCUCUGCUUGUAGUCACUGCUUACUAGUUCAUAGAAUCAGAGGGCCUCAAAGUUCUGCAAAAAUGAAAUAGAAAGAUAAGGGAAUUUUUCCAUUAACUGUUUGGAGCCGCCUGACAUGUUAAAAUACAUCAAGAGUCUUCAGAUCUGCACUAGCUACUUAUUUUGCUUCGUGGGGGUUGAGCUGCUCUUUUUUUCUGUUAUGUAGAAAGGAGUUACAGUGGUAUGUAUAAGCCUUUCAGUAGGUGUUAGCCAAAGCUCAAUGGAGUGCUUCAAAAGGGAGAAUUGUUUUACCUAGAGAGAGGUGGACUAGAUCCAUAAAAGUAGAAAUGUUCUUGAAACGACCAAUCCUUUGUAAGAUCGAGGUAUGGUUUAAAACUGCCAAAUUUACUCCCUAUCUUUUUUUACAAUUAACCAUCAAAGCAAUUACUGUGACAAAGAUAUAAUGUGUAGAGUACUUAAAUUUUGCUCUAGCCACUAGAAUUUGUACCUGUCUCAUUGUUCACAUUCCAUACCAGUGGUAGGCAAAACAUUUCUUUUUAUUGAAACAGUCAAUUUUUGUGAAAUCCUCAUUGAUUUUUUUCACAUUUUAGAAG